CCCCGCCCCCGCGCCGGCAGCGCCGCCCGGCGCCCCCCCGGCCCGCGGCCGCCAUGCCGAGCACGAAGCAGACGCGGCUGCUGCACCUCGACGAGAUGGAGAAGCUGGACAAGACCCUCUUCAGGCUGGAGCAAGGUUUUGAACUACAGUUCCGACUGGGCCCAACUCUUCAAGGCAAGCAUGUUACUGUGUACACUAACUAUCCAGCUUCUGGAGAAGUGUUCGAUCGACGCAAGUUCAGGACAUUAUCAUGGCACAAUCCUACAGGAAAAGAAGAUGACUCUGACAAAUAUUGCAAACUGGAUCUCCAGAUUUCUGGGUCUUAUCAGUAUUAUUUCAGUCUUGGAAAUGAGAAAAGUGGUGGAGGUUACAUAGUUGUGGAUCCUAUUUUGCGUGUUGGAGCUGAUAAUCAUGUGCUACCUUUGGAUUGUGUCACACUCCAAACAUUCCUUGCUAAGUGUUUGGGGCCCUUUCAUGAAUGGGAAGAUAGACUUAAAGUUGCAAAAGAAACAGGUUACAAUAUGAUUCAUUUUACGCCACUUCAGAAACUGGGACUAUCUAGAUCAUGUUAUUCGUUGGCUGAUCAAUUAGAAGUAAACUCUGAAUUUUCAAGCCAUAAUAAAAAGUGCACUUGGAGUGAUAUAGGAGCUCUUGUGGAAAAAAUGAAAAAUGAAUGGAAUAUGCUUUGCAUCACAGAUGUAGUCUACAAUCAUACUGCUGCUAACAGUGAAUGGCUCAGGAUGCAUCCAGAAUGUGGCUAUAAUCUCGUAAAUUCUCCUCACCUGAAGCCAGCCUGGGUAUUAGAUAGAGCUCUCUGGCACUUGAGUUGUAUGGUGGCUGGAGGAAAGUGUAUUGAUAAAGGAGUCCCUCCUUUAAUCGAAAAUGAUCAUCACCUGAAUUGUAUCCGUAAAAUAAUCUGGGAAGAUAUAUAUCCAAAAAUUAGGCUGUGGGAAUUUUUCCAAGUGGAUGUUAACAAAGCUGUGCAGCAAUUUAAAACCCUUCUAACUCAAGGCAAAAUGAGCACUAAAUCUGAUCCACAUCAGCAUCUUCAAGUAAUUCAGGAUCCUAACUAUAGGCGACUUGGCUGUACUGUAGAUAUGGAUAUAGCACUGGCAACUUUUAUCCCACACAGCAAUGGACCAGCUGCGAUAGAAGAGUGUUGUAACUGGUUUCGCAAGAGAAUUGAAGAACUGAAUGCUGAACAAUACAGACAAACUAAUCACCAUCAAGAGCAGGCUGUCAACUGCCUUGCGGGGACUGUCGUUUAUGAACGACUGGCUGGUCAUGGUCCUAAACUGGGUCCUGUUACUAGAAAAUAUCCUUUAGUUACCAGAUAUUUUACUUACCCAUUCAAAGACUUGAGUGUGGAGGAAGAAGAAACUAUGAUACAUCAGCCAGAUAAGGCUUGUUAUUUCAUGGCCCAUAAUGGCUGGGUAAUGGGAGAUGAUCCUCUUAAAAACUUUGCUGAACCAGGCUCAAAUGUUUAUUUGAGGAGGGAGCUUAUUUGUUGGGGAGACAGUGUGAAACUGCGUUAUGGUGAAAAACCAGAAGAUUGUCCUUACCUCUGGGCACAUAUGAAAAAGUACACUGAAAUUACUGCCAAAUAUUUCCAUGGUGUUCGUCUCGACAACUGUCACUCAACACCUAUUCAUGUAGCUGAGUACAUGCUGGACACAGCUAGAAAAUUGCGAGCUGAUUUGUAUGUAGUGGCUGAGCUGUUCACAGGAAGUGAGGAGCUGGACAAUAUCUUUGUGAAUAGUCUGGGCAUUGCCUCCUUAAUAAGAGAGGCCAUGACUGCUUAUAAUAGUCAUGAAGAGGGAAGAUUAGUUUAUCGUUUUGGAGGUGAACCUGUUGGCUCUUUUGUUCAGCCACGUUUGAGACCUCUGAUGCCAGCUAUUGCUCAUGCACUGUUCAUGGAUAUCACGCAUGAUAAUGAAUGUCCAAUUCAGCAUCGUUCUGCAUAUGAUGCUCUUCCUAGUGCAAUGAUUGUUUCCAUGGCGUGCUGUGCUACAGGAAGCACCAAAGGCUAUGACGAAUUAGUGCCCCACCAGAUUUCUGUGGUAUCUGAGGAGAGGUUUUAUUCAAAGUGGAAUCCAUCAACGCACCUGAGUUCUGGUGAAGUUAAUUUGGAAACAGGAAUUUUGGCAGGAAGGUUGGCUAUAAACAGGCUGCAUCAGGAGCUGGGAGCUAAAGCUUUUAAUCAGGUGUAUGUGGAUCAAGUUGACGAAGAUAUAGUGGCAGUGACAAGACAUUGUCCUAACACACACCAGUCUGUUGUGGCUGUAAGUCGAACUGCUUUCAGAGAUCCUAAAACUUCCUUCUACAGUAAAGAAGUACCUGAAAUGUGUAUCCCAGGAAAAAUUGAAGAAGUAGUAUUUGAGGCUAGAAUUGUUGAAAGAUAUGUUAGUCCUUACAAAAAAGACGAACAUUUUAUAAACGGAUUGCCCAAUUUCACGGUGGAACUCAGGGAACAUAUCCAGAUUAAAGACAGUAAAAUUAUAAAGCAAGCUGGAACUGCCAUAAAAGGGCCAAAUGAAUAUGUUCAAGAAAUAGAAUUUGAAAACUUAACUCCAGGAAGUGUAAUAGUGUUCAGAGUUAGCCUCGACCCAAAGGCACAAGAGGCUGUUGGUGUACUCCGCAAUCAUCUGAUCCAGUUCAGUCCUCAUUUUAAAUCUGGAAGUCUUCCUGAUGAUCAUUCGGCACCAAUACUAGCAACUCUUUUUUCUUCUAUUGCCUCUAAACUAACUCUGGCUGACCUAAAUCAAGUACUAUAUAGAUGUGAGGCAGAAGAACAAGAAGAUGGUGGCGGUUGUUACAAUAUACCAAACUGGUCACCACUGAAGUAUGCAGGUCUCCAAGGGUUAAUGUCAGUGAUGGCAGACAUUAGACCAAAGAAUGAUUUGGGUCAUCCAUUUUGUGAUAAUUUAAGAUCUGGAGACUGGAUGAUUGACUAUGUCAGUAAUCGUCUGAUUUCGCGUGCGGGAGCCUGUGCAGAAGUUGGUGAGUGGUUGAAGGCCAUGUUUGUCUACUUGAAGAGAAUUCCACGUUACCUUAUCCCAUGUUACUUUGAUGCCAUAUUAGUGGGGGCAUACACAACACUUCUGGAUUUGGCAUGGCAUCAGAUGUCCAGCUUUGUGCAGAAUGGAUCAACAUUUGUUAAACACCUUGCACUGGGUUCAAUCCAGAUGUGCGGGAUAGGAAGAUACCCUUGCCUGCCAGUUCUCUCGCCUUCCUUACAUGAUGUUCCCUAUCGGCUGAAUGCAAUUACACAUGAGAAAGAACAGUGUUGUGUUUCCUUGGCAGCUGGCUUACCUCACUUUUCUUCUGGAAUUUUUCGCUCUUGGGGAAGGGAUACCUUUAUUGCACUGAGAGGUCUAAUGUUACUUACUGGACGUUAUCUAGAAGCAAGAAACAUAAUUUUAGCAUUUGGUGAGACUUUAAGACAUGGUCUCAUUCCAAAUCUUCUUGGCCAGGGAACACAUGCCAGAUUCAACUGUCGUGAUGCCGUGUGGUGGUGGCUUCAGUGUAUCCAAGAUUAUUGCAAAAUUGCUCCAAAUGGAUUAGACAUUCUCAAGUGUCCUGUUUCUAGGAUGUAUCCAAGAGAUGACUCUCCUCCUCAGCCUGCAGGCACUAUGGAUCAGCCGCUUUAUGAAGUAAUACAGGAAGCAAUGCAACGACACAUGGAAGGCAUAAAUUUCCGGGAAAGGAAUGCUGGUCCGCAGAUAGAUCAAAACAUGAGAGAUGAAGGUUUUAAUGUAGUUGCAGGCGUUGACCAUGAAACUGGCUUUGUCUUUGGAGGAAACCGUUUCAAUUGUGGCACUUGGAUGGAUAAAAUGGGAGAGAGCGAUAGAGCUCGGAACAAAGGAAUACCUGCUACUCCAAGAGAUGGCUCUGCUGUGGAAAUUGUUGGUCUAUGCAAGUCAACUGUUCGCUGGUUGCAAGAUUUGUUUAAGAAAAAUGUGUUUCCAUAUGAUGGAGUCACCAUAAGACGACAUGGAAAGAAGGAGACUAUCACAUAUGAUGAGUGGAACAGAAAAAUUCAAGGACACUUUGAAAGGUUGUUUUUCGUCUCUGAGAACCCAGCAGAUCCAAAUGAGAAACAUCCAAAUCUUGUCCACAAACGUGGAAUUUAUAAAGAUAGCUAUGGAGCUUCGAGCCCAUGGUGCGAUUACCAACUCAGGCCAAAUUUCACAAUAGCAAUGGUUGUGGCCCCUGAGCUGUUCACACCUCAGAAAGCUUGGAAAGCUCUGCAAAUAGCUGAGGAAAAGCUACUUGGUCCAUUAGGCAUGAAAACUUUAGACCCUGAUGAUAUGGUUUACUGUGGCAUAUAUGAUAAUGCUCUUGACAAUGACAACUAUAAUGUAGCCAGAGGAUUUAAUUACCACCAAGGACCUGAGUGGGUGUGGCCUAUUGGAUACUUUCUUCGUGCCAAACUGUACUUCUCAAAAUUGAUUGGUCCGGAGAUUUACGCAAAAACUGUACUUUUGAUUAAAAAUGUUCUUUCUCGCCACUAUGUUCAUCUUGAAAGAUCAUCCUGGAAGGGGCUUCCGGAGCUGACCAAUGAAAAUGGCCAGUAUUGUCCUUUUAGCUGUGAGAGUCAGGCCUGGUCGAUUGCUGCUAUCCUUGAAGUCCUAUACGACUUGUAAAAGUUGCUUUUGAUUGCUUUGAAACUUAUGCAGUUUUUUCCAUAUGGGGCAUAAAUGAACUCUUGGAUCACACUGCAAGGGAAACGUCCUGUUCUGCACAAUCACUUAAGCUGUGUACCGAAUUUUAAAGGUGCUGAAUGCCAACAGCUCCUUGCAUUAGACCUGUGCAGUUUUGGUGGGAGUUGGUUUUUUUUGAAAAUC